CCUCCCAGCAAUGAAUGAAGAAAGGCCCUCUUCCUGCACUUUGUAAUUGCGAUAUUUACUGCAAAUUUCCCCUUCCUGUAUAUAUCUCGGGAUUUUUUUCCAACCAUUAAUACGUUUCCUGGCCUCAAUUUACACUCUUCUUCUACCCAAGACAUCAAUUCAAUUCAAUACCAUCCCCCCUUCUCUCUUUCUCUCUCCUCUUUCUUCAUUCCCCCUCUCUCCCUCUAUUAAAUAAAGCUUUAAAUCACUCACCCUUCAUUUUCCUUAUAUAAAUUCAGUUCCAACCUCCUUCUCCCGCACCACCCAUAACUUUUGCUGCCGCCGGAGCUUCUUAUGCUUCCGGUUAUCCCCUCUUCUUCUCCCUCUGUAUUAGCUUUCCCGGAAGCUGCUUCACCAGUCCCUCAAGGUAACGAGUCUUAACAGGAUCGAGGGAGAACCAUGAGUCGCAGAAACGGAAACGGCCCAAAGCUUGACUUGAAGCUGAACUUAUCCCCACCGAGGGCUGACCGGAGACUGGAGUCGCCGAACCGAUCGGCGACGGUGUCACCGAUGUCGACGCCGAGCUCUUGCCUGUCGUCGGAGCUGAACCAAGAGGAUGGGCAGCAGAGAUACUCCCACAGCCCGGAAGCGACGUCCAUGGUGCUAGUAGGCUGCCCGAGAUGCCUCAUGUACGUGAUGCUAUCUGAGGAUGAUCCCAAGUGCCCAAAGUGCAAAAGCACCGUUUUGCUUGAUUUCCUGCAAGACGGCAACAACCCAACCAUUAGGAGGAGCUAGAGUAGGCUGCCUCUGUUUUAUUUCCAGUUCUGCAUUUCUCUGCUGCUAGUAGGACAUAUUAGCUUUUAAUCCUAGGAAUCUCUUUUUGGACUUUGCCCUCUUUAUUCUAUAUUUCUGGUGUAUGAUUGCUGCUACGGGCACUUCCCUUUUACCCUCUUUCCUCUAUUUUUCCUGUGAUCAAAUCCUGUGGGUUUUGUCAAAGUAAGGGCUGUACAGAGGGUAUGAAAGAGUUGAUCGUGAUAUGCACUAUCCUAAUCAUAUAUGGAAAAGGAAAAAAAGAAGAAGAAACUAAUGGUAACACUUGAGCAUGCUACGUGUAUCUGAGAACUGAGAUAUUCUAAUCAUAUGUGCCUUCGCUUUUGAUCGUC